AUGCAGCACUUGAAGGACCCUGCGGCCGGCGUUGCCCAGGUUCUACUGCCCCAUAUUCACCUGGUGUCAAAAAGCCGAUACCCAGUUACCAACAAUCCCACCCUCGAGAGCAUCGUUUCAUACCUCUCCGAGGCACCUAAGGUCGUCCGAGACCUUCAGCCGAUGCAAUGGCAGUUCCUAGAUGCGCCGACCGACGGAACGCUGCUGCUCGUUUGGCAGCCGCUGGAGUAUAUGGGCACAACUUUCGCCAGUGAUGGCUACAUCUAUGCAGAUGCUGAACAAACCUUCAAAUCCGACGUCAGAGGCUUUCAAGUUGAGAUGUUCUAUCAUCGCUCCGGAUACCGAAUGCAGGGUGAACCCAUGGCGUCGCAUAGCAGGAAAAGAUACCGGCUUCUACCUACGAACCCAAACAUGCCGAACUGCGAUCCUUCACUUUUCCUCGUCGCCUAUUCCAGGGCGGCUCCGCGCGAUAUCGUUCCCGCGGGCUCGAUACCCGUUUCAUCACAAACUCAGCACCAGAUCCAGCAGAGGAGGAUGAUCCAGGCGCAAGGUCAGCUGGCGCGCAAAGAGUUCAUGCUUCACGACAGGUCCAACUGGCCGACGAUCAAUGCCCCCCAGGCGGUGACCCGAGGUCAGAGCGGCCAUCGUCGGGGAGCCAGUCACGGCAAUGAGGCUACUCUUGAAGAAGAAGAGGAUGUAUCUCGCGGAGAUAUAUUGGACUUUAUGUCGCCAAGAGACAUAAGCCGCGUGCGCUACGAGCAACAUCAUGAAUGGAUGGAAGAGAUUCUGGAAUCGCCCUACGGCAUCUUCUCGAUUCUACCUGGUGACCUAGGGCUCGGUCGCAAAGGUGAGCUCGAGGUGUUGACCAAAGACUUCUUCGACGCGCCUGUUACAGUGUUGCGGGAAUCUUCUGGCAACAGCGACCCACUGCGGGUGGGCAGGUUGGAAAACGGCAAGGCUGAUGAUUUCAAUAAGCGCGCAACCCAGAGGAUCGCCGACAUGCAAGCAGAGAUCGACAAGCUCAAGCGACAACAUGCAGCAAGAAUCGAUCGCUUGAAGCGCACGAGUGUGCUAAGUACGGCCGAGAAAAAGCUAAGAGCGGCACCUACGGAAAACGAGAAGGCACUAUCCAACGCAAGCUCAGUAGACCACCCGAAUGGGGACGUUCUUGACGACAUAGCUCAGGAAGUACAGAGCUCUUUAGGCAGGAAGAUCGAACGAGUAUCGCCGGUGACGAUGGUGGAGCGGGGUGGACUUGAAGACCGUCCUCCUCCAAGGACUCUGAGCAUGUCAAGCUCGUCCAAACCUCAAAUGUCGCCAGUCAAGAUGGCUACGUCGCCUUCAGAGUCGCAACCACCACCUCAAGCCCCAGCAGAUCCGCAACAAGCCACUUCAGCAAGCGAAGUAUCAGCUGUGCAGCUUCAGGCAAAUGAGUCAGCUCCAUCGAAUGUCUCAGUUCCACCACCACAACCUCAGCAGACUGUCGGAGAGCCGCAAGAUACACCUGCAAUGGGGGAGGACGCUCAGGAUCUGGAUCUAGCAGACGGGGUCGAUCUCGACAUCAACAUGGACGGCCUUGACGAUGGCCCAGACGCUGGCGACGAUCUGGUAAAUGCCGACAACGAUUGGGUCAUGGACAUGGAGGGUCCGGAAGGAGGCGGAGAGCACAUGGAGGCGCCCACAGCUGAGGAAGCGGCUAAGAUGCCAGAUACAUCGGCGUCUAGCUCUGCGAAUCAAGCCCCCGAGAACUUCGCAAAUCAGUCAAAUCAGCAAGGACUGAAUCGAUCCGGUCAGACAUCGAAUCAAGGAACCCCAGCCGAGCAGGGACAAGGAGAUCAAAUGGAAAGCAAUGAGUUUAGCGAGGCGUUUGGAGACGUAGAUACGGCAGGAGACGCGCUGGCAAGCUACGAUGAUGAUGGCAACGACGAGCUGAAUCUGGAUGGAAUGGACGAUUCGGCGUUUGGAGAUGCAUUUCAUCAAGAAGACCUCUCUUGA